AUGGAGGGGAGGAAUCGGCUUCUGUCGCGGCUCUGCGCGCAGUUCAAGUUCGAGUUGAAAAAUUUCGAGCCAACCGUUUCCGUACUCUGUAACUCGCCCCUUGGACUCAAUCGACCAUUGGGGAUCUACCUGGCGGCUCAGUUUAUUAUAUCAUACUCACUUACUUUCUUCCUCGAAGCUUGGUACUUCAGGUCAAUCGUAUUUCUCGCAUUGAUUGUAUAUCGUAUCCAUACUUCCGAGUACAGAAAUCUCAAAAGUGCGCUGCUAGCGACACUGAGAAAUAAUGGAAUAAGCUACGUGCUCUUGAUGAUCACCUCCAAGGCGCUUCGUGUCCAGUCCUCGCAACACGAUUCAUCCGAGAAAAGGCUCAAGCAGAACUCGAUUCCUGCCACACCUUCGCAACGCUCCCCACUUUUGAGUCCUCGCUACGCUUCAGCGAUGGCCAGUCGAGGGCACCGAAAUAUCAGACACGGACGGUAUAACAGAGCUUUGGCCACCAUUCAUCAAAAGGCGGGUGUGCCAUCACCCUCCCCCUCCGAAAUCGCCAAAGCAAUACCCUAG